UUUAUUGUCCGUCCCCAACUCAAUCCCAGGCCAAACCAGCUCCGCUAACAUAAGCCUCCCUCCUUCGCUAAUAUGAGCCUUUUUUCGUGCCCACAAAAUCGAACCUUUAUGCCCUCUCACCAUGCCAGGCGCCCUCAAACUCAGCAAAUUCACUAUCCUUCACGCCCACAAACCCUACAAAUUCCUCAACAAUUUCCCUUCCUCCGCCUUCCCAUCCACCGCCGUCGCCGUCUCCGUCAAUUCGAGACCAAUCCCAUCGCUCAAGUACUUGUCAGGCAGGUGGUUCGGGGUAGCCCCAUGCUCAGCCGCCGCGCAUUUCGACGAUACGAUUGGAUUUCGCCAUAGCCGGAGACACGGCCGGAAUUUAUGCUUCUACACAUCCGAACCUAGGAACAGCGGCCGAGACGGCCGUUCACAUCGCGGGAAGAGCGAUCAUUGUGUGACCCAGAUGGGUGCAACCGUUCACGGCAAGGCCGGAGGCGAAUACGAUCAAUCAGACGCGUUGCCACCGUCAGACUACGGCGAGAAGCCGCCGGUGGAUCCGACUAAGUUGCUCACGUUGCCCACGAUCUUGACGAUUGGUCGCGUGGCCGCCGUGCCGUUGCUAGUCUACACAUUUUAUGUUGAUAGCUGGUGGGGACCAAAUGCCACUGUAGGAAUUUUCCUUGCCGCUGCCACUACAGAUUGGCUUGAUGGAUACCUAGCGAGAAAGAUGAAGUUGGGUACUCAAUUUGGUGCAUUUUUGGAUCCAGUGGCUGAUAAGCUGAUGGUAGCUGCUACAUUGAUAUUGUUGUGUACCAGACCAUUUGAAGCUGGAAUGUUUGGGCAAGUUCCAUGGUUAUUGACAGUGCCUGCAAUUGUCAUAAUCGGUAGGGAGAUCACCAUGUCUGCUGUCAGAGAAUGGGCUGCUUCUAAGGAUAAAAAGCUUCUAGAGGCUGUUGCGGUUAAUAAUCUAGGAAAAUGGAAAACUGCCACUCAGAUGACUGCAUUAACCAUCCUUUUAGCAGCCAGAGAUGGAAGUCUUGUAGGCGCUGGAACUCUUGUGUCUUCAGGGGUGUUGCUACUCUAUGUUUCAGCAUGGCUAUCCUUAUGGUCACUGGUUGUGUACAUGAGAAAGAUAUGGAAAGUGCUGCUUCUGUAAUAAACAUUGAUGGACCGCGAGUUGUGCUUUUGGUUUAGUGUCAGUUAUAGUCGAUACUUGGGUCAUCGUCAUCCUUUGUGGCUAUAUGGAGAUGGAUACUUUAUACUCUUAAGAUACGGACGGAAAGAAAAGCGUAUUUUUUGCUUGAUGGCCGAAAAUCGUCCACUAAGAAAUGUAUUCACUUAGGAAUGUAUCGAGAUCAAGAAAUCCCAAGUCUUACCAUUCACCGACAGUCAUUAUGGUAGAUGGUUAAUAUGUAGUUUCCUUAUAGUAUCAUGAGAGUUUUUGCAGCUUGGUGGGGUCCAAUUUAACUUGCUGUAUUCACCAGCUGUACUAAUUUAUUUAAUGUAUACAUGGUAAGAUGAUGGCUGAUUAUUUACUGAUAUUCUAAAAACAUUUGAAGCACACUGUGCUGUGAUUUGAUGUACAUGCGUUGAUAUUUUGACUGAAACUUACAGUGUAAUCGUACAAUAGUGUCGGUUUUUACAGUUAAUGUUUUCGUUUUGUCUUAAUGACGUCAGCCCAAUUUUAAGGAAGCAUCAUUGUGCUUUG